AUGGAGCAGGGAUGGUGCAGGAACGGGCAGGGCCAGGUGGCUCAGGAGGGAACAGCCCCGGGUGGCCAGCCCUGGGGACACUCCCUCCUGUCCCCCCGCUGACAGGACGUGGAUGCCGCUGCCUUGGCUCGCCUGGACCUGGAGCGGCGAGUGGGGACCCUGCAGGAUGAGAUUGCCUUCCUCCGCAAGGUCCACGAGGAGGAGCUGCGGGAGCUGCAGGAGCAGCUGGCCCGGCAGCGGGUGCACAUCGAGGUGGACGCGAGCAAGCCGGACCUGACGGCCGCCCUGCGUGACAUCCGCAGCCAGUACGAGGCCAUGGCCGCCAGCAACGUCCAGGAGACUGAGGAGUGGUACAAGUCCAAGUUUGCAGACCUGACGGACGCAGCCGCCCGGCACGCAGAGGCCCUGCGAGCAGCCAAGCAGGAGGCCAACGAGUACCGGCGCCAGCUCCAGGCCCUCACCUGCGACCUGGAGGCUCUGCGGGGCUCGAACGAGUCCCUGGAGAGGCAGCUGCGGGAGCUGGAGGAGCGCUACGCCCUGGAGACAGCUGGCUACCAGGACAUGGUGGUGCGGCUGGAGGAGGACAUCCGCAGCCUCAAGGAGGAGAUGGCCCGGCACCUGCAGGAGUACCAGGAUCUGCUCAACGUCAAGCUGGCCCUCGACAUCGAGAUCGCCACAUACCGCAAGCUGCUGGAGGGCGAGGAGAGCAGGAUCACCAUCCCCGUGCAGAACUUCUCCAACCUGCAGAUCCGAGAGACCAGUCUGGACACUAAAUCCGUGUCAGAAGCCCAUCUGAAGAGGAGCAUCGUGGUCAAAACUGUGGAGACCAGAGAUGGAGAGGUGAUCAAGGAGUCCAAGCAGGAGCACAAGGAGGUGGCGUAG